CAGAGUACGGAAGCAAUGUUUUAAUAACUUUUCCCUUGGAAAAAUAACUUCAAUGAUAAAUGCUCUUCAGUCGGUUAGAAAUUAAAGGCACGGGAGUUAUUAACUGCUGAUAGCAUUUAUUUUAAGAGGAGGAAAAGAAAAGAUUGAUGGUUACAGGGUGCAGCAGGUUGCUGAUUAAGCGCUGUGGUGGGAGCGCGAGCAGGUUACCUGGCCAGGUGAGCGCGGGAUGGAGCCAGAGCACGAGCAGGCUACAAGUGCUACUCUGGGACUCGGCAUCGCCCUGCUCGCCAGCCUCGUCAAUGGCUCCACUUUCGUUUUGCAGAGAAAGGGCAUUCUUCGAGCUGAGAGACGAGGUGUUUCCUAUCUAACAGAAUUGGCUUGGUGGAGUGGAACUGUUGGAAUGGGACUGGGUCAAAUAGGAAACUUCUUCGCUUACAACACUGCCCCUGCUGCAUUGGUAACACCACUAGGAGCCCUCGGUGUCCCAUUUGGGUCACUAUUGGCUUCCUAUAUGUUGCAGGAGAAGCUGAACCUAUUAGGAAAACUAGGAUGUCUACUCAGCUGUGCAGGUUCAAUUGUGCUGCUUAUUCACGCUCCCACAACAGAGAAUGUAACAUCAAGGUUACAACUAGAAGAGAAGUUGGCAGACCCAGUGUUUCUUGGUUACAUCUGCAUUAUUUUCGCACUUCUCAUCCUGCUUAUUUUCUGGAUCGCACCCUCCCAUGGCUCCACCAACAUCCUGGUUUACAUUGGUAUUUGUUCAUUACUGGGGAGCUUUACUGUGCCCAGCAGUAAAGGCAUUGGUUUAGCAGCUCAAGACGCAUUUAGUGAUAAUCCAUCAAGUCAAAGAGCCCUUUGCCUCUUUGUCAUCCUGCUGGUAACAUUGGUUUGCAGUAUUCUUAUUCAAUUUAUAUACAUUAACAAGGCUUUGCAAUACUUUGACUCAUCCAUUUUUAGUGCAAUAUACUAUGUGGUUUUCACAACUUUGGUCAUUCUGGCAUCUGCUAUCCUCUUUCGAGAGUGGAGUGAUGUUGGGUUUGUAGAUUUUCUUGGAAUGCUGUGUGGAUUUAUCACUGUUUCGGUGGGAAUCAUACUCUUGCAGGUUUUCAAGGAAUUCAGCAUCUCUGCCAGUGACUUAAGAAAAAUCACUUCAAAGAAACACUGAAACAUAAGAAUGUACAGACUCUUUCAUAAGUUGUGCUUCAGAUUUUGAACAGAUAAUGCUUCUACAAAAGUGAUGAUUGAGGAUGUUUAGAAGACGUAUUGGAAAUUGCAACAUAUGUAUUUUUUUUUUCCCAUAUUGGCCCCAUAUCAAAUGCGCUUCUCACCCCACUGUUCACUACUUCCUAUCCUUCACUUGUUCAUUUGAGAAAAUCUUGAGAAGCCUACUCCUGAAGGUAGAGCAGUUUCAGGCUCUACAGAAACAAUAAGAUAUAUUGUUUAAAGAGGAAAAGGAAAAGAGAUUGAAUUUAGAUUGUGUUUUUCACAGCUUCAUGAGGUCCGAAGAUGCUUUAAAAUACAUUUUAUAUUUUAGUCACUGUUGCAAAAAAAUGUGGCAGGUAGUUUACACAGAACAAACUCCCCACAAACAGUACUAUGAUGUUGACCAGAAUUCUCUUUGUGCUUAAAUAUUGGUCAAUUCACCAGUGAUAACUUUCUUUCUCCUCUUUGAAAUAGUGGCAUGAAAUCUUUGUCUAUCUGAGUGAGCAGUUCAGGCCUUAAUGUUAACAUCUUGCAAAGUACAGCAUUUGGUGCAUGGCCCUAAAGUGUCAGCCUUCUGACUCAGCAGUAAGUGUGAUAGCCAUUGAGUCAUGGAUGGCGAGUGCUGAUCCUGGUCAUGUCCUCCUGCCCCUACCCCCGCCCAUCUCUCUAUUAUUUUUCACAGGGAAGUAAAAGCCUAUCAGCUUAGCAACUGCCCACAUGCUUUACUAACAGUCUGAGCGAGAGAUCACAUGGAGAGACCCAUAUGCUGUUACUUUGCUAUUGACACUGCAUUUGGGCUGUUUCCAGAGGCAACUGUCAUGAAAGAAGUUGCUUGGAAUUGUGAUGCAACAGAAGCUUGGGUAAUGCUACACACUAAUAAAAACUUAGAAGCAAUUAUUUUGUGUCGGUAAUUCAUAUAUAAUUUUUUUACUCUUUGUACUUUUUUUUUAAUCUGGUUGCAAAAUAGUUACUGCUUCAUUUUGAAAACUGAAAUCUUAUUGUGACUCUUUUAAUUUCCUUCAUGCACUAAGCAGCAGCAAUGGAUUGAAUUUUUGAGCACUGAAUUAUCUUCAGCAAACGAGCUGAGGCAUCAUUAGGGAUAUUGGGAAACUUUGCAACAUAACAUGAAGAGUACAAUUCUAAUCUGGGUAUAGGAACAGAGGGACAUGAGUGCAGUUAUACAUACAUCAUUGAGAGUGGCCCGAGAGGCGGCGAGAGCAGUUAAAUAAAUAUACUGUAUCCUGGGGCUUUAUUAAUAGGGGCAUGAGAGAAAGGAGUUAGUGCUGAAUUUGUGUAAGACCCCUGUUAGACUGUGUACAGAUCUGAGUACCACACUAUAGGAAGACUGAAAGGAUUGGAGAGAGGGCAGUUUGCAAGAAUGGUUCCAGCAAUGAGAAAUUUCAGCUAUGAGGGUAGAUUGGAUAUAUUUAGAAGGUCUUCCUUGGAAAGAAGAAGGCUAAGAGGAGAUCAAGUAAAAGUUUUCAAAAUCACAGUGGAGCUGGACAGAGUUGAUGGGAGAAACUGUUUCCACUCCUAAAAGGAUCAUGAACAAGGGGGCACAGAUUUAUGGUCAUUGGCAGAAGAAGUAACUGGAAUGUGAGAAACAUUUUCAGUGAGUUAACAAGGUGUAGAGCUGGAUGAACACAGCAGGCCAAGCAGCAUCAGAGGAGCAGGAAAGCUGACAUUUCGGGCCUAGAAGUGCUUGGAAGUGUGAUAGAGGCAGGUUCAAAUAAGUCAUUCCAGAGAGCAAUGUUUGUAUUUAAUAAUCAUCUGAUGUGCAAGGGAAUGGGAAAAAGGCAGGAAAAUGGCAUCAAGUCCUGGUGCUUAUUUGAACAAUUGAUUCAUGAUGGACCAAAUAGCCUGCUUUCUGCAGUGUAACGCUUUUGUGAUUCUGUAAACUCGGUCAGAUAUUGCAUUUGCAUGGCUCCCAGUGAGUGUCAUACUGUAAAUGUUCAUUAAUGGAAAUAUAACACAGGAUUAAACUAAACAUUAAAAGUCCUCAAACCUUCAAUGAAACAAUAAAAUUUGGUGUGUGGCUAUA